GCUGUCACUCCCGCCAACAUACAGACCCCGCUUCCUGCUUCGCCCCGCUGCUUGCUCGCUCUAUAUAAACCCCGCCUUGUCCUCCCAGCCGCAUAUCUGCCUUCUCUUUCCGAAUCCUCAACGUCGGCAAGAAGGGAAAUCUGACAAAAUGCGUGAGUGUAUCUCUAUACAUGUCGGCCAAGCUGGAGCCCAGAUGGGCAAUGCAUGCUGGGAGUUGUACUGCCUGGAGCAUGGCAUUCAGCCUGAUGGACAGAUGCCCAGUGACAAAACCAUUGGAGGGGGAGAUGACUCCUUUAACACCUUCUUCAGUGAGACAGGGGCUGGCAAACAUGUCCCACGUGCGAUCUUUGUGGACCUGGAGCCCACUGUCAUUGACGAGGUGCGCACGGGUAUCUACCGCCAGCUGUUCCACCCAGAGCAGCUCAUCACAGGAAAAGAAGACGCUGCCAAUAACUACGCUCGGGGGCACUACACCAUCGGCAAGGAAAUCAUCGACCUGGUUUUGGAUAGGACACGAAAACUGGCAGACCAGUGCACUGGGCUCCAGGGCUUCCUCAUCUUCCACAGCUUUGGUGGGGGCACUGGCUCAGGGUUCACCUCCCUGCUGAUGGAACGUCUCUCUGUCGACUACGGCAAAAAGUCCAAGCUGGAGUUUGCGGUCUACCCAGCUCCCCAGGUGUCCACAGCUGUGGUGGAGCCCUACAACUCCAUCCUGACCACCCACACCACCCUGGAGCACUCCGACUGCGCUUUCAUGGUGGACAAUGAGGCCAUCUAUGACAUCUGCCGCAGAAACCUCGAUAUUGAGCGUCCCUCUUACACCAACCUCAACAGGCUCAUCGGCCAGAUUGUGUCUUCCAUCACAGCUUCCCUGCGCUUUGAUGGGGCCCUGAAUGUGGACCUGACAGAGUUCCAGACCAACUUGGUGCCCUAUCCCCGUAUCCACUUCCCCCUGGCAACCUACGCCCCGGUCAUCUCUGCAGAGAAGGCCUACCAUGAGCAGCUCUCUGUGUCAGAAAUCACCAACGCCUGCUUUGAGCCAGCCAACCAGAUGGUGAAAUGUGACCCUCGUCACGGCAAGUACAUGGCCUGCUGCCUGCUGUAUCGCGGUGACGUGGUGCCAAAAGAUGUCAACUCCGCCAUCGCCACAAUCAAGACCAAGCGCAGCAUCCAGUUUGUGGACUGGUGUCCCACAGGCUUUAAGGUGGGCAUCAACUACCAGCCCCCCACUGUGGUGCCUGGAGGAGACCUGGCCAAGGUGCAGAGGGCCGUGUGCAUGCUGAGCAACACCACCGCCAUCGCCGAGGCCUGGGCCCGUCUCGACCACAAGUUUGACCUGAUGUACGCCAAGCGUGCCUUUGUUCACUGGUAUGUGGGAGAGGGCAUGGAGGAGGGAGAGUUCUCUGAAGCUCGAGAAGACAUGGCAGCCCUGGAGAAGGACUAUGAAGAGGUGGGGACUGACAGCGUGAAUGAGGAAGAUGAAGAAGGAGAGGAGUACUAGUUUGAAGCUAAAACCUUCAUGAUUCACAGCAUAUGAGAUUGCAGAAAUGUGUUGAUGCCUAUUUACAUGAAUAAAAAAAACUUCUUACUUUCAUUUUUAAGUCAUAAUAAAGUACACCCACAACACUCGAACUACAAUAAAUAUUGACUUUACAAUACUU